AUGGAUUCAGAAAAGCCACAGAACGAAAUUCUCAACAAUUUUAGUAAUAUGAACCAUAAUCAUAACAAUAAUAAUACGAAUAUUACUCAUCGGAUUGCAGGCAAUCAUCACUGCCUCGAACAACCACAACGAUCAUUAUUAUUGAAUAAGACUACUGAAAUUAUGAAAAUGGCAUUACUCCGAAAGGAAAGUAUUCAUCCACAAACACAAGAACAACAAUACCGAAACUCUAGGGCAAUUUCAAAGCAAUUUGCUCAGUUCAUACCAUCAAUAUCAUCAUCAUCAUCACUUCCCAACCACUUCAAUCCUUUCUUCUCUCUCUUCAAUAAGACUGACUCUUUGACCUCCUCCCUCACUUGUCAUUGGACAAAACCUCUCGGAACGAGUUUGAUUUCAAGAAUGAUUCAAUUCAUGACAAUCAUCACCAUAUAUUUGGCACUCGUGUUCGUAGCCACAGUUCACGGAUCUCAUCAAACGAUGCCAUCUUCUCUCCUCAAUUUUCACAAUGAAGGACUUGUUUCAUCUCCCUCUCCAAAUACUUCUGAUAUUCUCUACUAUCAAAUUACUGAUCCAUGGAUACUGUCGCCGUCCUCUCAAAACGCAACUUCAUUUUCACAAAUAUUCUACACCAAAAUGUAUAUACCAAUGUAUGCAUUUUCACUUGUGGCAGUUGUGGGUCAGUAUUCAGUGAGUAUAUUUCCACCGGAUUCUCCCAUGUUGGAUCUCUGUGGACAGGAUAGUCCAGCUCAAAAAUAUAAAUCACUGACGGAUAUGACCUUCUAUGUGCCUGAAAUAGGAGAGAAUGUUCGAUCAUCGAGUGAUAAUUUGUGUCUUGAAUUCUUUUGCAGCUCGACUUUAAAAUAUCAUGAAGUGGAGAAUCGGAAAUUGAACUUGACACGUUGGUCACAAGUGGAUGAAUUUACAUGGUUUUAUAAUUACUGUUUGUAUUGUGACAACGUUGUGAGUCGAGAAUUUAAGGAUUUUCUCAUUAAUAACAGCAGUACUCAGAGUUCGGAAAACCCAGAUCAAUCCGCAUGUCCUCUAUUCAAUCCAACAAUUAUCCAAAAAGCUCAGCAACACUGUCAAAUUCAAUCAUUCCAAAACAAACCUCAACCGUACAGCAUUGGAACUUUUUUCCUUUCUUCAGAUUUAAUGGACUCUCCAGAAUUUAGAAGCGUCUUGUCAUUUUACGAUUUUAUACAAUUUGUGGAGCAGUCAAGCUUUCCGUACAAUUGUUUCUGCAAAGAACAGAGUUUGAGUUUGGUUCCUGGAAUUAGACCAUUCUCUUUUGCCUUUGCAUGUGAUAUUUAUGCAAAAGCCAUUAUUCCUCUUGUGUUUGAGUUUGGACCAAUAUUUAUUUUUCUAUAUACUGUUUUUCUAUUAUUCAGUUCAUUCUUUGUUCUGAUUUUACCAAUUUAUUGCGCAGUUUAUCGAGAGUAUCGAUAUGCAUAUGAAAAGAAACUUUUAUCUACAAUAUUUGAUUUGAGAAUUCAAAGUACAACAAUAUUAUUCUUUGCCAUAUUAUGGAUGUGUGCACAGGAAAUUUUCUCGUACCUCUUUAAUUUCAAUGCUUUCUCCUCCAUGUAUUACGAUGAAGAUUCACACAAUGGAUUUAUGUUACUUCUUGGAAACGGGUUGUUGAGAAUGAUUUCCUUAGUAUUUCUUUGUUGUUCGUUUGCAAGCAUGCUUGUCAGUUGGCAACACAUGACUUCAAAUACGGAAGGAAAUUUUCUUUCUGGAGUUGCAGGAGGAAUUGCAGCAACAGGAAAAGCACUCAUUGGAGCCUCAAAAGAUGAACGAGAACAUGGACUUGUCGAUGACAAUGAAGAAUAUACUCCUCAAAAUAAGAGAGAAAGUGAAAGAUCUUCACUUUUAUAUAUUGGAGGACGAGAUCCCUCUGAAUCGCUCUCAACUGGAAACAAAUUAAUACUGGCUGGAUUUUAUCUGUCACUCUUAGCAUUGCUCAUUACAGUAGUGAUCAUGUCAUUUUUCAUUCACACGCUCUAUAUUAUAUUUUUAGUAUUUAUUGCAUUUGGAAUGAUGUAUUUGUGGAUUUUCCCAAUUGGUUUUUUAUUCAGUGGUAUAAGAAUGUACUACAAACUCAAAUCUAUGAAAGAAAAUUUAUCAUUUGCUCGAUUGAAGUUCACAAAAUUUAUGAUCUUUGCUGAUAUUUGUUUCAUUCUGCUUAUCAUUGUUGGAGCUCUCUUCAUGCUGACCUACUUAUUUGGAUGGGAUCUCUUUGGUGUUUUUAUUGGAAUUAAUCGAUCUCUCAUUAUGGAUUUCACUAUUGUGUUAAUGAUGACCAUUGAACAAUACAUGCUCUUCAAUCAAAAAUCUAUUAAGGAUUUAUAUGGCGAGAAAAUACUCAUGUGUUGUUGCGUGUAUAAACGAAAAAAGAGAGAAGUUCCUGCAUUCGAGAUUGAGGAUGACAAUGGCCGACAAGUGGAAGACAUUGAUGAUGAAGAUUUUAAAAACAAAUCUAGUCUUAAUAUUAUUUACUCGCCAAGAGGAAGAAGACAGGCCUCAACUAUUCCUAACAUCAUCACUUCCAACGUUGGUACAGAAGAGAAGAUUGAAGAAGUGACACCAGAAGUUCACGAAGAUGACGAGCAAGUGUUACGACAAAAUGGAUUUUCUUUCAGCGUGGAUUCGCUUCCAAAAAUCGAAUAA